UGGACUCAUACACUCUCUAUAUGUUCCACUAAGCACACUUCCCCAUUGAAUUUCGCGCGCGCACGACAAUACUGCAAGAAUUUUCAUUUGUGGUAUUUUAUUCUCUACAACUCAUAGAACAUUUUAUUUAAAAUUUUAAUAAGUGAUCUUAAAUAGUUUUUACUUUAAAAAAAAAAAACUUUAAUUGUUGUGGCGAUUUUGUGAAAGUAUCAAAGAGACAAAUAAGUGACUUUAAGGGUGAAAUUAGUGUAUGAAUUCAUGUUGGAAGAACAUAAGAUUGAGUUUUUGUGAAAAAAGAAACUGAAGAGAUUAAAAUCAUUGAAGUGAGACAAUUUUAAUUGAAUUUCAAGAUCAGUGCCAACAUGAAGGAUCGUUUCAAAGUUUUUCGUGUUGGUGAAGAUUCUGAGCCAUCAUCGCAGAAUGGCACGUACAGAAAUGAAAGCCCAGAGGAACCAAAAAGGAUAUCCAUUUGUGAUACAGAUGGGAUUAGGAAAAAAAGUUUAGCGCAAUUAACGAGGGAGGCCCUCCCACGUCUAGAUAAUUACCGGAUCUCAAAAAGAGCACUCAAACGUCCAUCUCUUGGUGAACUCCAUGGCGAACUUGAGCAGAAGACGGAUGCCCCAGAUGAUACAACAGCACCAUCGAGUGAGCACAAUGGUAUAAAGUUAGGAUGGGUUCAGGGUGUUCUGAUUCCCUGCCUCCUCAACAUAUGGGGUGUGAUGCUCUUCCUGCGUCUCACAUGGGUGGUGUCCUUGGCAGGAAUUGGUCAGACUAUUGCCAUCAUCUGCAUCUCAUACUUUGUUUGCUUCGUCACCACACUCUCGCUCUCAGCAAUCAGUACGAAUGGCGAGGUGAAGGGUGGUGGUAUUUACUACAUAAUCUCCCGUUCCCUGGGCCCGGAAUUUGGAGCAUCCGUGGGAAUUGUGUUUGCAUUUGCAAAUGCCGUGGCUGCUUCCAUGAACACCAUAGGUUUCUGCAGUUCCCUCAACGAUCUCCUGAAGACCUACGACACAAAGAUCGUCGAUGGUGGCAACAAUGAUAUCCGAAUUGUGGGUGUAGUUGCUGUACUUGUAAUGAUCAUUAUAUGUGCCGUUGGGAUGGAUUGGGAGUCCAAGGCGCAAAAUUUCCUCGUGAUAAUAAUUGUCGUGGCAAUUGUUAACUUCAUUGCUGGCAUUAUUCUCGGUCCCAAAUCCGACACAGAGGUAGCUCAAGGAUUUGUCGGGAUGAGCACUUCGCUGUUUAUGCAAAAUUGGGGUCCAGACUAUAGAUUCAGCGAAGGACUCAAUCAGAACUUCUUUAGUGUUUUCUCCAUAUUUUUCCCAAGUGUUACGGGAAUUCAAGCUGGUGCCAACAUCUCGGGAGAUCUCAAGAAUCCAGCAACUGCCAUUCCAAAGGGAACAAUGAUGGCUCUUCUCAUUUCGAUGAUCUCUUACUUGACUUUUGUAUUAUUCGCCGGUGCUGGAGGUCUCAGGGAUGCAUCAGGACUUAUUUCGGAUAUUGGCAACAAUGGGACACUCGAUUGCGUCGCCAAUUUGACAUGUCCCUGGGGUUUGCAUAAUUCCUACACAAUGAUGCAAGUAAUGUCAGCGUGGUGGCCACUCAUCUAUGCUGGAUGCUUUGCUGCAACCCUCAGCACAGCUCUGACUAAUCUUCUCUCAGUCCCACGUCUCAUCCAAGCCUUGGGAAUUGAUAGAAUCUACCCCGGACUGAUUUUCUUCUCGAAAGGCUACGGACGUCAUGGUGAACCAUACAGAGGAUACGUCUUGACUUUUAUUGUUUCUGCUAGUUUUCUGCUCAUCGCUGAACUGAAUCUCAUUGCUCCGUUAAUUUCAAAUUUCUACCUUGCUUCGUAUGCCCUCAUCAAUUUCUGCACAUUCCACGCUGCUCUCAUUAAACCCCUUGGCUGGCGUCCGACUUUCAAAUAUUUCAACUUGUGGCUCAGUCUCGGUGGAUUCCUCAUUUGCGUUGCCAUCAUGUUCUUAAUUGAUUGGGUAUCGUCGCUCAUAACAUUCGGUAUCAUCUUUGCUCUGUACCUCUUGGUUGUGUACAGAAAACCUGAUGUUAAUUGGGGAUCCUCAACGCAAGCACAAACUUACAAAACAGCCCUCUCAUCUGCACAUCGACUCCAAAAUAUCGGUGAUCACGUAAAGAACUAUCAUCCUCAGAUCCUCGUCUUGGCGGGAAAACCCCAACAUCGCCCACCAUUAAUUGAUCUGGCAAAUCUCAUAACAAAGAAUAAUUCUUUGAUGAUCAUUGGUGAAGUUGUACCCCAGAAAAUGUCUUACAAAACUCGCCUUGCUAACCUGAAGGAAGGUCAAAAGUGGCUGAAAGCACGAAAAAUUAAAGCUUUCUAUAAUGUUGUCGAUGAUUUCUCCAUGGAAGAAGGUGUUCGUGCACUCAUUCAGGCAUCAGGCUUUGGGAAAUUGUCACCAAAUAUCCUUCUUAUGGGAUAUAAAAGUGACUGGAAGACGUGCAAUCACAAUGAGCUCAUUUCCUACUUUACUAUUCUUCACAAUGCCUUCACAAAUCGUCUUGCCGUGGCCAUCCUGCGACUUCCGAAUGGUACAGAUUUCUCUCAUCUCAAUGUUGAUAUCCCUCACACGCCUGUCCACGGUGGACUCACAGCCAACAACAGCACAGCGAACUUCAACACGAUUGAUGGCAACACAACGGGUGAUCUUUUGGCACUUCGCCCCAAUCGCUUCAUGCACGCCGAUUCCAAUCUCAAUCUAUCAGCUCUGGGUACAAGCACCCACAAUUCCCUCACCAUCCCCAUGCCUCCCCCCAUGCCAAAUCAGAGAGCUUUGCGGGAGGCCAUAGCGAGGAAUGAUAUUGUUUACUCAACAAGAGGAGGCUCCUGUGUGCCAAAGGAUAUCCUCAAUGCAAUGAGUGUAUUCAACACAAAACAGGAGAAUCGUACAAUCGAUGUGUGGUGGCUCUACGAUGACGGUGGACUCACCAUGCUCCUUCCCUAUAUCAUUUCCACACGCAGCACCUGGGCUUCCAGCAAGAUUCGUGUCUUUGCUCUCACUAAUCGGCGUUUGGAGUUGGAAUUGGAGGAGAGAAAUAUGGCUAAUCUUCUGAAUAAGCUUCGUAUUGACUUCUCAUCCCUCACAAUGGUGGAGGGCGUGACGGAUAAGCCAAAGGAAGAGACGAUCCGGAUGCAUGAGAAGAUCCUUAGUGGCUUCCUUGAGGGACAAGGUGAUGUUGUAGUCACGGAGGAAGAAAGGGCUCGUCUGCAGGAGAAGACAUAUCGCCAAUUGCGUCUUCGUGAGAUGCUGCAACAACAUUCCAAGAAUGCCUCCCUUGUGGUUAUGUCACUCCCAAUGCCACGACAGGACACCGUAUCAGCCCCAAUGUAUAUGUCUUGGCUUGAGCUACUCACCAAGGAUAUGCCUCCUGUUCUCCUUGUGCGUGGCAAUCAAUCAUCCGUCCUAACAUUCUAUUCUUAGUAUUAAACUUUUAGUAAAACUAAAUUAAAAAUCUUUCCCAACUAUUUUGUGUACAAAGGGUGUUCCAUCCCAAUUUCUACAUUUAUGCACAACUAUUCCAUUCUAUUUGCUUUAUCCAAAAAAAAAACAAUUCUUCAAGACCUUAAAGGUGUAAAAAGUAUUUGAGAAAAAAUCUUAUCUCGUAUAAACUAUGAUUUUGAUCACACCACAGCUAAACAAGCAGUUUUUACUUUUUCUUCAUUAGAUAAACCUCAUAAAUACCAGACAUUAUCAAGUACCCUGACCUUUAAUAUUAAUCUAUCUAUUGGAAAUAUGUUAUCUCAAAGAAAAAGUGAUACAUUCCAAUGCACAUUCCAUUGCAAUUUUUCUCACUUAAAGAAAAACGAAUUUUCUCAGAAAGGAUCAACUCCAAUGAGAAUUUUUUCGCUGGAAUUAAAUCAACAAAUUCUAUAUUCCCUCCAGAUAAAAAAGAACUAAUAUGUAGGAGGAUGAUAAUCAGGGAAAGAAAGUCAACAAAUUAAUUUUCAAAUUAUUUUUUUAGUUGUGCAUGGUACACCCUGUAAGGGUAAAAUUUAAAACAAAAAAAAAUCUCUGAAUAAAAUUCAUGUUUUCCAGACUGAAUUCAAUAGAAUACAGAAAAAGAAAUUUAAAUUAUAAUAUUUAGUUUUAGUGAAUAAAUCAUUGAAAAAAAGAA